CGGCAGCCGCGGGGCUGCACUCGCUCCAGCCAUGCCGGCGGCGCGCGUGGAGUACAUCGCGCCCUGGUGGGUGGUGUGGCUGCACAGCGUCCCGCACCUCGGCCUGCGCCUGCAGCCCGUGGACAGCACCUUCAGCCCCCGCGACGAGAGUUACCAGGAGUCGCUGCUGUUCCUGGCGCUGCUGGCUGCCGUCGGCCUGGGUCUGAACUUGGCCUUCCUUGCUGCUUACCUGGUGUGCACGUGCUGCUGCCCGCGGGGCCACGGUGUGCAGAGCAAGCAGCGAGGCUCCUGCUGUGUCACCUGGACGGCGGUGGCAGCCGGGCUCCUCUGCUGUGCUGCGGUGGGCGUUGGUUUCUAUGGAAACAGUGAGACCAAUGACGGGGUGCACCAGCUGAUCUACUCCUUGGACAGUGCGAACCACACCUUCUCCGGGAUCGAUGAGCUGGUAUCUGGAAACACCCAGAAGAUGAAGAUGGACCUAGAGCAGCACCUGGCUCGACUUAGCGAGAUCUUUGCUGCCCGGGGUGACUACAUCCAGACCCUGAAGUUCAUGCAGCAGAUGGCGGGCAACAUCAUCGUCCAGCUCUCAAGACUGCCCGUGUGGAGGGAGGUCACCACACAGUUGACGGAGAUGUCCAACCAGACUGCCUUUGUGGAGCAUUACAGGUGGCUGUCCUACCUGCUGCUCUUCAUCCUGGACCUAGUCACCUGCCUCUUCACCUGCCUGGGACUGGCCAAACGCUCCAAGUGUCUCUUAGCCUCGGUGCUGUGCUGUGGGGUGCUAACCCUGCUCCUCAGCUGGGCCUCCCUGGCCGCCGACUCUGCCGCCGCAGUGGGCACCAGUGACUUCUGCACGGCUCCUGACACCUACAUCCUCAACAGCACACAGAACCGGAUCAGCACAGAGGUGGCCCGCUAUUACCUGCAUUGCAGUCAGAGCAUAAGCAGCCCCUUCCAGCAGUCAUUGACCGUCUUCCAACGCUCGCUAACCACCAUGCAGAUCCAGGUCACGGGCCUGCUUCAGUUUGCUGUGCCCCUCUUCCCCACAUCAGAGAAGGACCUCCUUGGAAUCCAGCUCCUGCUGAACUCAUCCGAGACCAGCCUGCACCAGCUGACUGCCAUGCUGGAUUGCCGAGGGCUUCACAAGGACUACCUGGACGCCCUCACUGGCAUCUGCUAUGACGGCAUUGAAGGCCUGCUCUUCCUUGGCCUCUUCUCCCUCCUGGCCGCCCUGGCGUUCUCCACCCUGAUCUGUGCAGGACCACGAGCCUGGAAGCACUUCACGACCAGGGACAGAGACUAUGACGACAUCGAUGACAACGACCCCUUUAACCCCCAAGCCCGGCGCAUCGCGGCCCACAACCCCCCGCGGGGGCAGCUGCAUAGCUUCUGCAGUUACAGCAGCGGCCUGGGCAGCCAGAGCAGCCUGCAGCCGCCCACGCAGACCAUCUCUAAUGCCCCUGUCUCUGAGUACAUGAACCAGGCCAUGCUCUUCGGUGGGAACCCACGCUAUGAGAAUGUGCCCCUCAUCGGAAGAGGCUCCCCCCCACCCACGUACUCUCCCAGCAUGAGGGCCACCUACAUGUCCGUGGCAGAUGAACACCUGAGACACUAUGAGUUUCCAUCGUAACAACUCCGAGGACACCUUCGCCCUCCUGCUGGUUUGGUUUCUGAUGGAUGCUGAUCCAAGCUGUGCUGUUUCUUUAAUAGAAACCGAAGGCGCCUGGACACCAGUAGGCCCCUGUGGCCGCAGAGACGCGGCUGGGACUCCUGAUCAGAGGCCCCCAGUGGACACAAGACCCAUGACUGGGCUGGCCUCUCCUGCCCUGCUCUCAAUUCCAGAACUUCCCAGGGCCUAGCUACUGUCCUUGAGCUAGCUGUCUUGUCGGGUUCAGUUCAUCCUUAGCAAAUGGGGCGUGGCAGUGAGGAGGAGGAGCUGUGUUCCCCCAGGACCCGCCACCAGGACUCGGCCUCGUGUUAGCACGGCCAGAAUCCUGGGCACCACCCUCCAGUCACCUGGCCUUCAUUUCCAGGCAAGCGAUAAUGGGAAGUGCUGGUCAGGAGCUAUAUAAGGGAACACUGACCCGAUCCAAGUUCUGGGGCCACACAGACGUUCCUGGGCCCCAAGAGGGAUGGUGUCAGGAGUGCUCUGCGGAGGAGACUGGUGGCUUCAAGCUAUUCACCCUAGCCCGGCAUCCUUGGAUGGAAGCCUGGGAGAAAAUCUGCCACAUUCCGCCUGUCUCCAACCUCCACCAUCCACCGCCAUCCUAGAAUCGAUGCUCUUAAAUCUUAUCUGCAGGAGGACAGUCUCAGGUAUGAACAGAGCAGACACUAUGAAAACUUCUUUUUCCCGGUGUUUUAAACGUUUUGGAAGAUCCAGAGAAUCGCACCUCAUAAAACAUCCAGUUUUUGCGAUAGAUUUGGGCUCAGUUCUUAGACCCGGUUCUUAUCCCACUGCAGCAGAUGUUGCUGGCCACAGCCAGCUCUCUGUGGACCUGGAGGAGAAAUAAAGGUCAGUUGAGACAUCCUGUCUCAAGCUACUCUUCAGGGCAUCUGAGGACCUGUAAGAGUGCAGGCCUGAAGAGACAGGCAGGAAAUCAGAGUAAGAGUCCCCUGUUCCAAGGGACAGCCCAGUGCCCAAGACAACUGUCUUUUCCCUUUUGUCUCCCAGCAGGAUUAAGGUGAAAAGUUUUAACAAUGUGGUGCAAUUGUGGCUUAAAGUGAGGACAGACCACUUCCUCACCUUCACCAUUUGCCAGGUCUUCAUCCCAGUCCCAAGCCCUGACCAGCCAGGCACAGUUGAGCUCUUAGGCCAGGAGGAAAUAAUGGCCCCUGCCCUGCCUGCCCAGGGAUAGGGUCUUUGGUGCUUUCAUACCCUGCCGACCCAGAACGCCCAGCACCCAGGCCCAGUGGUCUUGCUCACUGACGCAGGCUUGGCUCAGGCUCUGUUUGCAUUUUUGGAAGAGCCACUUUCUCGUCAGAACCAAUACCUCCCAAACAGUCUUCCACCAUAAAAACGAGGCCACUGGACACUAGCCUUACCAUGGUCUCACACUAAUCUAUGCAUUUUAUGAACCCACCUUUGUAAGUCCGUGUCACAUGCAGAUCUUGGAGCUGCGACCUCAAAAUGUUACUUCUAACAUUUCCUUAUUGGCAACUGAAGGAUUGUUUUUAAUGCAUGAAACUAAACUAAAAUUCCUUGGGGGUUCCUUAGGAGCCACAUGGGCAAACCUCUGCUUUGUACUUGUUUACCCUCUCCUGGAAGAGCAAUAAACCACUUGUACUAA